GCAGUUUGUAGUUCUGUAACUAUUUCUUUACAUAGGAGGUUACCCUCUAGGUGCAUUAUUGUGUUUGAUUUCUUCGCAAGAAGGUUUUGGGCCUGAUAGUGGAAUUUGAAGGUGUUUUUAAAUAUUGAACUUUAUUCGUAAUUAAAUAUUUUUUAAGAAUGGCUAGACGUUAUGAUUCAAGAACAACAAUUUUUUCUCCUGAAGGGCGCUUAUAUCAGGUAGAAUAUGCUAUGGAAGCAAUAAGUCAUGCAGGGACUUGUCUCGGGAUCCUAGCAAACGAUGGCAUUAUUCUUGUAGCUGAGAAAAGGAAUACUAACAAACUUCUUGAUGAAUCAGUAUAUUCAGAAAAAAUUUUCAAACUAAAUGAGAACAUGAUAUGCAGUUUAGCUGGGAUCACAGCUGAUGCCAAUGUUCUGACUAAUGAGUUAAGGCUUAUUUCUCAAAGAUAUUUGUUACAAUAUGGAGAAACAAUUCCUUGUGAACAACUUGUCUCGUGGUUGUGUGACAUCAAACAAGCAUACACUCAGUAUGGAGGUAAAAGGCCGUUUGGAGUAUCCAUAUUAUAUAUGGGUUGGGAUAAGCACUAUGGAUAUCAACUUUACCAGUCUGACCCAAGUGGAAAUUACUCUGGUUGGAAGGCAACAUGUAUAGGGCAUAACAGUGGUGCAGCUGUUUCCAGUUUGAAGACUGAUUACAAAGAAGGUGAAAUGACAGUGAAAGAUGCUUUGGCUUUGGGUAUCAAAGUUCUAAGUAAAACAUUAGAUACUGCUAAGCUUUCAGUUGAUAGAGUUGAAGUUGCGACAUUAUCUCAAAAGAAUGGAAAAUGUGUUACUUGUAUCCUACCUACUGAAGAGGUUCAAGAACUUAUCAAUGCAUAUGAAAAAUCAGAAGCUGAGGCUAAUGCUUUAAAAAAAGAAAAAACUCCAAAAUCUUAAUAUAUUUAAUUUUUUUUUUACUGGAAUAAGCUAGCAUACUUUACAUGCAUAAAUGUAUCUCUAUAUAUAUUUUUGUAUGUGGUAUGUAUACAUUUAAUGAUAAAAAAUAAAAUUAAUUUAAUUUAC